UCCCGUGGACUUUAGGCAGAGAAUUUUGUCGUAGGUGAUCAAUCCGUUGUAGUACGAGUACUUUCUCUUCUUCUCGUUCUGCCAGCAGGAAAUAGAGGAUCUCCGUGGCUAUAGAUUUUCACGGAAACCAGGCCGACCAGGGAAGGGCCAUUUUGGCGGCACGGCGCAGCGCAAGUGGAAGUGGAAGGAAGGCCCGGAAAAACCUUUUCUUCUUCUUCUUCUUCUUCUUUCCGUCGCGCUUUCCAAUCCCACCACCGCAGCAGGGGCGGGCCACCACGGCACCACUAUUUACGGAGGUCCCCCUCGGCAUCGCCACCGGCGCACCGCCGUUCGAGACCGGCACUGGCAACAAACAACAAGACCACACGGGGCCGAGAGUGUGUGCAAAAAAGUAGGGACGCGAGGAAAGCGGCGGAUGCCGGGGCGCCGGUGCCGAGGCCUCCCUGCCUGCCGCCCCGCCGGCACCGCGCGCUGAAUCCCCCGCCGCCACCGCCCCCCCUCUCGAUCCUUCCAUCCCCCCUUUCUCUCCCUUUUUAACCAACCCCUCACUCCCUCCCUUCCGCUCCCGCUUCCUCCCCUUUUCUUUCACCAGUCGCUGUACCCGCCGCCGCUGGAUCUGCGCGCCGCCGGAUUCUCCCGCCCGCUGAAUCAAUCGAUGGCGGGACUACGAGCCCUCUCACUCCUCUUCCUCCUCCUCGUAUCAGUCACCGUGCUCCCUCUCGCCAGCUCCACGGGCGGCGACUACGAGCGCUGCGAGGGAGCCGUCAGGGGCUGGGCGGAUUCCGCCGCGGAGACCGACAAUGGUGGGGAUGAUAAAUUGAACCUCAAGGAUUUGCUCUUCUUCCUUCACAUCCCUAGAACCGGCGGGCGUACCUACUUCCACUGCUUCUUGAAACAGCUGUAUAGCAAUGCUCAGGAGUGCCCGCGGUCCUAUGAUAAGCUGCGCUUUGAUCCGAGCCAUCCUGAUUGCAAGCUGGUUGUUAGUCAUGAUGAUUACAGCUUAACUUCCAAGUUGCCAAGGGAGAGGACUUCCGUAGUAACAAUACUACGAAACCCAGUUGAUCGCGUGUUUAGCGCAUAUGAGUUCUCAAUUGAAGUCGCAGCCAGAUUUCUUGUGCACCCAAACAUAACAUCUGCAAAGUUAAUGACCAGCCGCAUGUUGACGAAAUCGCGUGCUCGUGCUGUAAGUACAUUGGACAUAUGGCCUUGGAAGUACUUGGUUCCAUGGAUGAGAGAGGAUCUUUUCACCAGGAGAGAUGUUAGAGGAAUUGACAAAACGCAAAGUAGCAAGAAGGUUAAUGCAUAUGAUGUGGAGGACAUGGUUAUGCCAUUACACCAGUACAUCAAUGACCCUGUUGCCCAUGAAAUCAUUCAUAAUGGAGCCACCUUUCAGAUUACUGGGCUAACGAAUAAUUCUUACUUCGAUGGAGCACAUGAGGUUCGACAUUGUGUUAGAAGACACCCUGAUCUUGGUCGGUUUGUGCUUCAGGUUGCUAAGAACAGGUUGGACCGUAUGCUGUACGUAGGACUUACAGAAGAUCAUGAAGAAUCUGCGAGGUUGUUUGCACAUAUGGUAGGAGCACAAGUUCUUUCACAAUCUGGAACGUUGAACUUAGAUAUCAAGGAAGAUCCACCCGUUGGCAUCGACUCUCACUCAUCCAUGUUGGAUCCAGAGGAUGAAGAAGCAAAUGAACAUAUGAAUAGCACCCAUGGUUGGAAGAAUAAUGAAGCUCUCAACGCUACCGAGGAUGAUCAUGGCAAUGGAAAUAUGACUGUUGCUAAAUUGAUGGAAACUUAUGAGAGCUGCAUUGCAAAACUGCGCAAGACGCAAUCUUGCCGUCGCAAAAUAUCCCUAAAAAAGGUUGAGGAAGCAAAUUUCACGAAGGAGGCACGGCGUCAGGUACCUGAGGCAAUUCUGAAGCAAAUUAUCUCAUUGAACAGUCUUGACAUGGAACUCUAUGAGCAUGCUAAGAACAUUUUUAGACAAGAACAUCUUAUGUUAAGAGGCCAGCGUCCCAUGGUGGUGCAGCACACACAACUGGCAGGUCAAAAGGGUUGGAUACACACCGUCUGCGAGUCAUGGAGUUGCUCUCCCUGGAAGGUUGCCACGUUUGGUCUUGGGAUCACAGCCACCAUUAUUUUUGUUGCGUUUACUGUAACAACUAGAAGAACAUUGAAACUUAAGGUUUGAUUUGAGAACAGGAGACAGCCCCUAGAUUUGAUGUACAGUCCGAUGUUGCCCAGAAAUCGACAUUACUCUUCUGUCGGGUAAAGAUGGAGAACAUGGCACAGGGUCAACACAUGCGUUUGCAACCAUGUUAACAUGUCCCUGUACUCUUAGUGAAAUCGUCGCACUUGCUACCCCUGUGACAGCAGCUACAAGUCCAUACUGCCAGAAACUUACAAUGUUGUCCGUCGGGUCAUUCCUGGGCAUACAGGCUGCUUUGAAGUCUUGCAAA